AUGUCGAAACCUGUCCUUAGCGACCAACUAGCAAGGUGGUAUCUCCAAUUUCAACCAUUUGAGAUUGUAUACGUUUCUCAAAAAGCUGUGAAAGGGCAAGCAUUGGCGGAUUUUCUAGCAGACCAUCCGAUACCCGAUGACUGGGAAUUAACUGAUGAACUACCUGAUGCGGAUGCGAUGGUCAUUGAGAUUCAACAGCCUUGGAAGAUGUAUUUUGAUGGUGCUGCACAUCGCGAAGGAGCUGGCGCUGGUGUGAUAUUUGUCACUUCUCAAGAGGAGGUCUUACCGUAUUCCUUCACUUUAACACAAUGUUGCUCCAACAAUGUUGCGGAAUAUCAAGCACUCAUACUUGGGCUUGAAAUGGAUAUUGAUAUGAAGCAGUUACAAUUACAAGUCUUUGGAGAUUCUGAAUUGGUAAUCAAUCAAUUGUUGGGUACCUACGAGGUCAAAAAGCCAGAAUUGCGUCCCUAUCAUCACUAUGCACAAAAAUUAAUUGGGUGGCUCGGCAACGUAACUCUCCAGCACGUGCCAAGAAAGGAAAAUAAGAAGGUUGAUGCUUUGGCUUCAACAUUGACUUUGCCUGACCAAGCGCAAAUCACUAUAUGCCAGAAAUGGAUAGUACCGCCGGAGGACAAUGAGGAUGAAGAAAGCAAACUCGAGCUUCUUGUGGCCGUUUCUGAAGCUGAGAAGGUCGAUUGGCGACAAACCAUGAUCGAUUAUUUGUGUUAUAGCAUUCUUCCAGAAGAUCCAAAAAGAAAGACUGAAAUUCGUCGUCGUGCCCCUCGCUUCCUUUACUACAAAGAUACUUUGUAUCGUAGAUCGUUCGAGGGAGUUCUCUUGCGUUGUCUGGGGAAAGAAGAGGCAACCCAAGCUAUGCAAGAAGCGCACUCUGGAGUUUGUGGAUCACAUCAAUCUGGGCCAAAACUACACUUUCAUAUAAAAACGAUGGGGUAUUAUUGGCCAACAAUGGUGAAAGAUUGUUUGGACUAUGCGCGAAGUUGCAAAGCAUGCCAAUUUUAUGCAAAUUUUAUACACCAACCUCCUGAGGUGUUACAUCCAACUGUUGCAUCUUGGCCAUUUGACGCUUGGGGGCUAGACGUGGUUGGACCGCUACCGAAAUCUUCUGGUGGCCACUUGUACAUCUUAGCUGCAACGGAUUACUUCUCAAAAUGGGCUGAGGCUGUCGUCCUCAAAGAAGUAAAAAAGGAGAAUGUGGCAAACUUCAUUCGAGUAAACAUCAUCUAUCGUUUUGGCAUUCCUAGUUAUAUCAUAACAGAUAAUGGCAAGCCAUUCUCCAACAAAUUGAUGACUAAGAUUUGCGAGCUUUUUGGCUUCAAGCAACGAAACUCGUUUAUGUAUUAUGCUGCUGCAAAUGGACUACCUGAAGCAUUUAACAAGACCUUGUGCAACUUGUUAAAGAAGGUCGUCUCCAAGUCUAAAAGAGAUUGGCAUGAUAGAAUGGAAGAAGAUCUUUGGGCAUACCGAACGACUCAUCGCACACCGACUCAAGCAACUCCUUAUUCUCUUGUUUACGGAGCUGAAACGGUCCUUCCACUUGAACGCCAAAUGCCUUCAUUGCGGCUCGCUAUCCAAUAA